CCCACUGGUGUGCAAAUCCAUCCCAACUUCAACACAAAGAAGUGUAUGAACGUCGCGGGUAACAGACGGCAGAAUGGAACUCCGGUUCAGAUAUUUGACUGCAACGGCAGUCCAGCUCAACGAUGGAAUAUCUUUAGAGGCACCACCAGGGUUCAACUUACGGGCACGAACUUCUGCUUGGAUGCUGGUUCGCCGAAUCAAUUCCGUAAUGGCGACAAGUUGAAGAUCUUCCGGUGCAUUGAUUCCAUCCAAGCUCAAAUAUGGGAUUAUACGAACCAGAAUCAGAUCAGGCUCAAAGCGACAGAGUCUAGAAGGAACCCUCAAUGCGUUGAUCUCCCCCGUGGACAAAGCUUCAACGGAAAUCAACUGCAAACCUUCCAAUGCUCCAAUAGAAAUCCGAACCAGAUCUGGACCACUACGCCUUAA